AGACGUACUUUUGGGAGAAGGGGGUAGUUGAAAGAUUUUCUUCUCUGCAAAUUUCUCCCGUUCCGUUGGCAGUUUCAGACGUGCUGUCGGACAAAAACGCGGGUUUUGCGGGACGGGCGUGUAUAUAUAGUCGAAAUAGGAUCAAGAACUUGAUACUCGGUUCAUUCUUGAAAUCUUGAAGUGGCAUGCGAUUGGUGUCUCUACAGAAAUUCCAGGUUUCGCGAUUUCCCAGAUUCAUGGCUCAAUCAUCUGCUAACAGCAGUGGGAGGAAGCUUAUUCAUAUUGAUAUUAGUUCAGAUAGUGUAUGCCCAUGGUGCUUUGUUGGGAAAAGAAACCUCGAUAAAGCUAUAGCUUCUUCCAAGGAUCAGUACGAUUUUGAGAUCAAAUGGCAUCCCUAUUUUCUUGAUCCUUCUGCGCCCAAAGAAGGUGUUAGUAAGAAAGAGUUCUAUCUGCGAAAGUUUGGAGCUCGAAGUGAACAGCUUGGACGGAGAAUGACUGAGAUUUUCAAGGGUCUCGGGAUGGAAUAUGACACAUCUGGACUUACGGGAAACACUCUGGACAGUCACCGGCUCAUAUAUUUUGCGGGAAAACAAGGCCAGGAUAAGCAACACAAACUUGUCGAGGAGCUUUUCAUUGGCUAUUUCACGCAGGGAAAGUAUAUAGGUGACAAGGAGUUUCUCAAAGAAGCUGCUAGAAAGGUCGGGGUUGAAGGAGCAGAAGAGUUUCUCGAGGAUCCAAACAAUGGAUUGAAGGAGGUUAAUGAAGAACUGCAACAAUAUUCAUCCAAUAUCAGUGGAGUCCCGUAUUAUGUGAUUAAUGGGAAAUCCAAGCUGAGUGGUGGCCAGCCUCCUGAGACCUUCCUGCAGGCCUUUCAAACAGCCUGAAUUAGCUAAAGUUGUCUGAGAGGUUGUGUUGAGAUCAAAGAUGCAAGUUCUCUAUGUUUGUCCACAACAAAUUUCUGGCUUUUUUUCCUGUGAAAUAAGCUGUCAUUCUUAUCAGCCAUUAACUUGAUGCCAAUAAAGUUGAUUGUGUAUGUAAUUAACAAGUUCUUGGCACAGUAUUUUGUAUCAGGAUAUUAUGAUUCUUAGAUCUUUACUUCAUGCCUUUUUAAAUAUGGAAAAUGCUAAUUUUACGAAA